UUUAAUUAGUCCAAUGUACUAGAACGCCGUUGCCCCACGCACGAAAACUGAUUACUCCAAUUAAGAUCCAAACUGACGAAGCAGCAUCGCCUGACCUGAGCGAGCCACAACAGCCAUGGAUCGUGCCCAGCUUCUCUUGGUUGGUUUACCUCUCUUCCUUCUCUUUUCCGACCUCUUUUCCCUUUUCACAUCAUCUCCUCCGCCGCCCAAACCAUCUCACCACCACCACAACCACCAUCAACAACCACGACCAGUUGUUGACCCCGUAGCCACACCGUUCCCCUCCCACUCCGAGAAACUCACCUCAAAUAUUGGAGAUGUAGGUUACGGCAACACUGUCAACAUCAAUUUCUGCUCUUCUUGCUCCUACAAGGGAACAGCGGUGACACUAAAGAAUAUGUUGGAGAUUGCCUUUCCUGGAGUUGAGGUUAUUCUUGCAAAUUAUCCUCCACCACUUCCAAAACGUCUUCUAAGCAAAGUGGUUCCAGUGGUUCAAAUUGGGGUUGUAGGUGUUGUAGUUGCAGGCGAACAGAUUUUUCCAAUGUUGGGUUUUGUUGCACCUCCUCCUUGGUAUUUUAACUUGCGUGCUAAUAGGUUUGGAACCAUUGCUAGUACUUGGCUUCUUGGGAAUGCCUUGCAGUCAUUCUUGCAAAGCUCUGGUGCAUUUGAAGUUUACUUCAACGGAAAUCUGGUGUUCUCUAAACUGAAGGAAGGAAGGUUUCCUGGAGAGAUAGAGUUGAAGGACCUGAUCACCAAAAGGAUGGCAAAUUCUAAACAGUUCAGCAGUGCUUCGGAAUUGGGUCUUUAGCUCAUUAGUCUAAUUUCCCCUCACGAAGACAUCUAAUUUAAACAGGGAAAGAUCAUGUAAAUGUACCUACCAUUUGCAUUGUGAAGAAGAGGCUGAUACACAAAUAUCAUAGGAAUGUAAUGCUGCAAAAGGACUUUGUAUUGAAAGUAACUUAAGACAAACUUGGUUAAAUUAGAUUUUAUCAUAUAUAUAGCUUAGAGCCUUACACUAUCA